ACAGAACUCUGGCGGCGGGGGGCGCGGGUUCCGCACGGUGUGGCGUGCGCCUCGGGAGCGGGACCGGAGUGGCGCCAGAUACGGCUGGAGAGCGGGCCGGCCUGGCCGCCGAGAAAGUUGUCAACGGCCGCGGCGUUGGCGACAGACUCGCCCGCGCACGAGUGGGGGCGCGUUACGGUUGGAAGGCUCGGGGGAGGUGGCGGUUGUCAGCGGUGCUGGGGAGGCGCGUCGCGUGCGAUUUCACGGCAGGGAGCGUGCGUCGUGACCCGCAGGCGUUCCGGACGCACAGGGCAAGCAGCCCCUCCGCAUGCUUGUCGACAACGCGGCGCCUGCGGGCACGUUUUUUCCUCUUUCCAUCUGGGUUUGGGGCGGCCGCGUUGACAAGGGUUUGCGCACACCGGGGAGACACAUGCCGCGUAGGGGCGUGCGGCGUUGGAGGGCGGCCCCGCGGAAGGGAUUUCUAG